UAAAAAGGAAAAACAGAAAAGCGGCACCCCACCAGGCGCCGACGAGCCGGACACUGCGGGAUGGCGGCGGCACCGGCACCGGCACCGGCGGCAGGGACGGGGAAGGGGAAGCGGAAGCGGAAGCCGCCUCUCUCCGAGGACGACGUGUACCUCCUCCUCCACAGGUACGCGCCUGGGACGAUCCUGACGGCGCUGCAGGAGGUGGCGCAGCACGCGGAGGGCAGGCGCAUCGACUGGAGGGCGCUGGUGGGGAAGUCGGCCACGGGGAUCACCUCCGCCCGCGAGUACCAGAUGCUCUGGCGCCACUUCGCCUACCAACACGAGCUCGCCGAGAGCGUCGAUGCCGGCGCUCAGCCUCUGGGUGAUGACAGUGACCUGGAAUGUGAACUUGAACCUGUUCCCAACCCGACCAAGGAAGCAUUAUCUGAGGCCUCAGCGGUCGCCAAGAUACUAAUAUCUGGAUUUUCACGUGAGCAAGCCUCUGGUCAUCAUGUUAACUUGGAAGUUCCUGUGCAAAACUCUCCAAAUGAAAAGAUAGUGUGGGUUCCAUCUGAUAAACAGCUUGCUCAGAGUCACCGUCUAACACAUGUUACAGGUCCUGCUUCUAACUCAAAACAGGCAUCCCAGACAGGUCCAUGUCCUGAUCCUUUGGAUGCAAAUGGACCUCCUAAUAAAAAGAAAAGGAAGCCUAAACCAUGGUCCAAAGAGGAGGACGCAGACCUAGCUUCUGGUGUACAGAAGUAUGGUGAAGGAAAAUGGGUGGAUAUUCUGCAUAAAUAUAACUUUGAUGCUACAAGAACACAUCAUCAGUUGUCUCAGAGAUGGACGCUAAUUUGCAAGCGUCCUGGAUCGUCCAAGCCUGCAACUGCUAAACAGGUCAGUGUUGCUAGCUCAGAGGAAAGAACGGCAGCUCUAAAGGCAUUGAAAAUGGCUGUUGACUACAUGCCUGUGCCUAUGCGUAAAACAUCUAUCCUAAGAUCAGGAGCUCACCAACAAAGUAGUCAGCAUACAUCUACAGUAUUUGGUCCUACGAUACCAGAGGUAAAAUCUGCAGCAGCCCCUUCACCGGCAUCGGUGCAAAUGCAAGUGCCAGUUGCCAUGCCUGUGCCUGUGACAGUACAAUUGCAGUCAUCACUUCCUCAGGGGCAACAAGCACCUGCCCAAGCGGCACCCCCAAAAGUGUCAAAUGCUUUAAACAAGACACGGAUUAACUCUAAGAAGCAAGCUGCCCAACAAAAUCCUACCGUUGGUCCUUCCUCAAUACAAGCAGCAGCCAUUGCUGCUGGUGGGCGAAUCGCCACAGCAUCAACGGCCGCAAACUUCUUAAAAGCUGCACAAUCCAAGAAUGCUGUGCACAUAAAAUCUCGAGUAACAGGAUCUUCCAAAUCUUCUACAAGCUCUAAAGCAUCGAUUAUGGUGGUUGAGCCUGGGACACAGCUUGGCGGUACUCAACACAUAGAACCUCCAAAUACUAGUUCCCCUAUAUCUGGUCCUUCAAUUUUGACCACGCAUGCAACUGAGCAAGUUCAUGGUGUUUCAGAAGUUGCAGCAGUUAAUCCUCCGGGACCAUCUGCUGGGGCACAUUUGUUGGAAACUAUGAAAGCAUUGAGUACCACAUCAGUGCCUGCCUCAUGCGACAGUGAGGAACAGGAUGAAGACUCUAAAUUUUGCGCUGUCACGAUAUAUGACUUGUUCCCUGAAGAUGCAAAGCAGCCAGAAACUGGUUGUCCCAAGGCGAAGCAGCCAGACCCUGCAGGUCCCAAGGCAAAACAGCCAGAAACUGUAGAUCUCAAGGUCGAAGAGACCGUAGACUCUAAGGAUGCAGACAUGCUAGAGUUUGAUCGCUUUGUUGCUGCUCAAGGAGGAUCCGUAAACAUGGAUUAUCUGGAUAAAAGCAAGACUGUCAAUAGUGCUCCUGGAGCUCAAGGUGGUGUUGGCUGCCAAAAGAAACAACUGAAACCAAUGCCCGCAACUGGGAAAAGUAACGCUGUAUCCGCCGGAGCACCAGCAACCGGGAAGAAAACCAAAACUCCUGUUCCACAUACAGCGACCCCAAUGCCAACAGGGACCCUGCGUGCCAUUGUUGGUGCAGGCAAAGCUACUGCGCAGAACAAAACAGUAGUAAGGAAGGCAACUGCUCCUGCUACCACCGGUGGCCAAAAUCCUCCCCUGAUGAAGCAUGCCGCGAAUGCAAAAGGUAACCAAACACCCAACAAUGCGGCAGUAAUUUCUGGAGUACCAGCCAGCAACCAGGCUAGCACGGUGGUGAAUGGUGCUAGCAAAGCGAAUCCACCAGCCACGGGUGGCGAAUUGGCCCUAACAAGGUGAAUCCACCAGCCGGUAGCCACGCAAGCACGGUGGUGAAUGGGGCGAGCAAGGCGAAUCCACCGACCAGCCAAUAGAUAGGCUAACAUAGUAAAUUCUGUAUUAAUUCUCGUAGGACUUGUGUGCGUUGAUUGUACUCUGAAAUGUGAAUAGGGCAUUGUAGACACCAUGUAAUUUUUUGCUCCUUGAAUUUGCUCCCUUUUGCACCCAGGAAUUGGAGACCACUGUGGUUUCAAAAAAGAAUUGGAUACCACUUGACUGGAUUGAUUUUUAUCUGGUAGUUCUGCUAAUCAUUAACAUAACUGUUAGCCUCAUCCAAUCCUGUGAGGCUUGAAGUGAUA